AUGUCCCAAGGCGGUGCUGAAGAGGCUCAAUGGCCACCAAGAUCUCCCCGAGAAGCACUAUUAAGUACCCCCGGCGGUCGGGAUCGAUUACGGCGAUACGCAACAGGAUUUUCUCCUACUGCUUCCCCUUCGAAACGACGACCCAUUGUGUCGCAGACACCACAAGCUACAGGCAAAGAUCGGAUGAAGGCCGAUAUGUACAUGGAAGAGAUGGGGGGCGACGACGAAGACGAUGAAGAAACUUUACAGUUGAAACUACAGGAAAUCCAAGCGCGACUUCGAUUAAAGCAGUUGCAAAAGAAGAACAAGCAGAGUUCGGAUUCGGAGGGCGAGAAGAUCGAGAGGAACGAGCAACUUGAGAGUCACAGGCCCACAUCGGGUCUUUUGAGAGCAAACUCUGCAGCGACAAACAGAGCGUCUUCAAGAUUGGCAGGAUUAGGAGCGGCAGGGUUAAGAGAGAGACCAUCGCAACGCCCAAAAUCACGCACCGAGAUCAAUGUUCCAGCAUCACCACCGCGCCGUGUUCAGCCUGCUGAACUUCCACAAUCUCCUGGAAGGGUUUUACUUGGUAUUGAUAAAGGAUUGAAAGGAAUAGACAUUUCGCUGAAGAGAGCACCGGGCUUAAGGAAGAAUCUAGAGUCGGAUUUUAACAAUGCGAAGCGGACCGGGCCAUUCCUACAACGAAGUCAGUCACAAACUGGAAAUCGCAUACCGGCAUCGCAAAGUUUUAAUCAGGUGGAGAGGCCGAAAUCUUUUAGCGAAAGAAUGGCUGCAGCCAGGAUUAAUGAUACUGAGCGACAGGAAAGGGCAGCUCGAAUCAAGAAAACUCGCAGCACAGCAUUUGAUAUAGAUCAGAAGCAGAUGGAGUCAUUCAAGUCCAAUGCAAUCGAACUACCUAGCCAUCCUGCUCCCACCAAAGAAUUCAGUCGAGAGGAGGUCUUGAAUUCUCUCAACAAUUCGAACGGGGAACUAAGACGGCAUAAAACUACUUCAAAUUUACGUUCAAUUCCAAUUAACAGCAACGAAACGAUCGCCAAGCCACUGACCCAAGGUCCACAAAGCUCCUUUGAUAGCUCGAGACGUCCCGAAAUCAAAAAUAGUCAUGAAAUAUACGCUGGCCUGAGAAGAGGCUCACAGGACUCUCAAAACUCCUUUGAUGCAUCGAAACGUUUAGCUUUCAGAAACGGUAAUGGUUCGCAGAGCUCUCAAAGUUCAUUUGAUACGUAUCGUUCAGCGUUGAGGAACGGCACUGAAGCAAAGUUCUUGAACAGGCCAGACUCACGUGAUAGAAGACCCGACUCACAAGACAAAAAUAUAAACGCGCGAAGUGCUUUCGAUAAUUUGAAUCGAACGCGUUCGAAUAGCAAUCUUAACAAAGCGUCAUCAGAUACUUCCGAUGGUGAGACUUCGCAGUUCGAACCAUAUUCUACCUCCCAUCUCUCCAAGCGAAUCAUUCCCCAUCAAGUACUCACUCGUACCCUUCAGGGGAAAAAAACUUUUCUUAUACCCGAUUUACUCAGGACUGUAAAAGCCCCUGACUUUACCGGUCCUGAGAUCGAAGAAGAUGUUGUUGUGUUCGCAACCAUCGCAGCAAAAUCUGCACCACGAGCACACCAGGACCAAGCUAAGAAUGGCGGCAAAUUCAUGGUCCUUACCCUAACCGAUCUCAAAUGGGAACUCGAGCUUUUUCUCUUCAGAACUGCCUUUGAAAAGUUCUGGAAACUCACACCCGGAACUGUUAUUGCCCUCCUUAACCCCGGAUUUAUGCCUCCAGCUCGAGGGAAAACUGACACAGGUAAAUUCAGCCUUACGCUUAGCUCAAGUGACGAUACAAUACUUGAAGUUGGCACAAAUAGAGACCUCGGAUAUUGCAAGAGCGUCAAAAGAGACGGUAAAACUUGUGAUACCUGGGUCAAUACACGACACACCGAAUUCUGCGACUACCACGUCAAUCUUUCUCUUACCAAGACCCAUGCAAACCGCAUGGAAGUCAAUACUAUGAGCUUCGGCCCAAAACGUAAUUUUGGCGGUGGAACGGAACAAAAAUACAAGUCUCGAGAUAUGGCGGGCUAUAAGCAACGCCGAGAAGAACUCAAGAAGGAUGAAAAGACGAAAUAUGACAGAGAAAGUCAUAGUCAAAUUUACAUUGGCAAAAGAAGCACCGUAAGCUUAUUAGACGAUGUCGAUUUUGACCCUGAUGCUUUUCACAGAGGAAGCACAAAGGAAGACCGAAUGACGAAACAACUUCUAGCUCAAGAGAAAGAAAGGGAGCUCGGUAGAAAACUAGGAAUGAUGGGUGGAGGACUCGGUGCUGAUUACAUGAAGAGACGUAAUCCGGUACAACUUAACCCACAGGAUACUAGAAACAGCGAAAGAGAACUGUCUCCGCCGGAUGCUAGGAAGCUUGGCCUCAUUGGUACCAAACCUUCUGUUCGAUUGAGCCCGAUCAACAAGCGUAAGCGAGUCAAUACAAUUGGCGGAGUUAAGAAGAAGACUCGCUUCGUAACUGCAAAAGGGAUUAGAGAGGCGGGAAGAGAAAGUUUGGGAGGUCCAGAACUGGAUAUUGAAUUGGACUAGGAGUUUUUGUAAUUUUCAACAGCUGUAUGUAUAUGAACGUCGGGCAUUCAAGUGUUGUUUUUUCGUGAUUGAUUCGGGAAUACUACUUUGGCGCGUUUUGGGCAUACUUUAUUCGAGUACUAGCAUAUUAUAUCCAGGGAGGGAAGGAAUGAAGGAGUAUCAUCAUUAUCGUUAUUGGCAAUGGACUGGACUUGGACAUGGACUUGGGACUCGGGUUGGGAAGGGCUGAAUGAAUGAUGAAUCAAUGAACAAGUUUUGCAACUGUAUAUAAAUACCAAGAAGUACAAUG